AUGCCCGGCCGUAGUAACUCGGCCCGCCAAGCGCACCCGAUGGCUCAACCGGCAAAUGGGAAACGGCCGCGCUUUCGUAGCGAGCAGAAUGGACAACCCUUCUGCACCUACUGCAACUCUUCGAAAUCGGGCAAUCCGUUUGGCCACAUGAAGCAGAGCUGUCCCAAGAUCGCCAAUCUGGCUCCUUGUGUACUGUGUGGAGCGGCCGGAAAAUUGAAUCAUACGAUCGGGCACUGCCCCAAGAACAAGCAACUCUUGGUGCUAAAGGAUUCCGAAGAGGUGGCCAAGCAGCGACUGAAGGCAAUCAAAGAGCGGUUUAUGGAGAGCAUCCCGAUGAACGCCGAAACUUGGUACUAUUUCAACGAGAAGCCCGAUGCU